CUUCAAUUUGCCCUUCCCGUUCAUUCCCCUCUUCUUGUUCAGUGUACCGAAGACCCGCACUCCGACGAACUACCACCCCAGUCCCCAGCCAUGGCAACGGCCGACAUCCGCCUCUCCAUCUCCCACCAAACCCGCUUCGGCUUCCGCCUCGCCUCCGCCAUAUCCACCCCCUCCAACCCAGACGGUGCUAAGGGCAACGCCGCCUUCUCCCCUCUCUCCCUCCACGUCGCGCUCAGUCUCAUCGCCGCCGGCGCGGGCGGCGCCACCCGCGACCAGCUCGCCGCUACACUCGGAGCCAAGGAACCAGGCGGUGCGGAGGGCCUCCACGCGCUCGCGGAGCAGGUGGUGCAGGUCGUGCUCGCCGACGCUUCCGGCGUCGGCGGCCCGCGGGUCGCCUUCGCCGAUGGCGUCUUCGUGGACGCGUCGCUCUCGCUCAAGCCUUCCUUCAAGGAGGUCGCCGUGGGCAAGUACAAGGCCGAGACCCACUCCGUAGACUUCCAAACUAAGGCUGCUGAAGUUGCGGGUCAAGUGAACUCAUGGGUAGACAGAGUCACAGCAGGUCUCAUCAAAGAGAUCCUCCCUGCAGGAUCUGUUGACAAUACCACUAGACUGGUUCUUGGCAAUGCCCUUUAUUUCAAGGGAGCUUGGACUGAGAAGUUUGAUGCAUCUAAGACGAAGGUCGACAAGUUCCACCUUCUUGAUGGAAGCUCAGUUCAAGCACCAUUCAUGUCCAGUACAAAGAAGCAAUACCUUUCGUCUUCUGAUGGCUUGAAGGUACUUAAGCUUCCUUACCAGCAAGGAGGGGACAAGAGGCAAUUCUCCAUGUACAUUCUUCUUCCAGAAGCACAGAAUGGUCUCUGGAGCUUGGCCGAAAUGUUGACCUCCAAGCCAGAGUUCCUGGAGAAGCAUAUCCCAACGCAGAAGGUUCCGGUUGGACAGUUCAAGCUUCCCAAGUUCAAGAUAUCGUUUGGAUUUGAAGCAUCCAAUUUGCUCAAAGGUUUGGGCCUCCAGCUGCCAUUCAGCGCAGAAGCAGAUCUUUCAGAGAUGGUGGAUUCGCCAAUGGCACAUAGCCUGUAUGUCUCGUCCGUUUUCCACAAGUCGUUUGUCGAAGUGAAUGAAGAAGGAACCGAGGCUGCUGCAGCAACUGCUGCAGUGGUCACGCUUAGGUCAAUCCCAGUAGAGCCUCCGAAACUGGAUUUCGUUGCAGAUCAUCCUUUCCUCUUCCUGAUACGUGAAGACGUGACUGGUGUGGUGCUGUUUGUUGGUCACGUGGCAAAUCCCCUCCUGUCUCAGUAACGUGUUUUGCUUUGAACCAGUGUCCUGAUGCAAGCGACCACAUCUGUCGUAUGUAAGUGAAGGGUUUGACCGUUUGACCAUGCUGCAUGUGCAACAAAUCGAAUAAAUGUUUUGUUUUUGAAGUAUGUAAGAUUAUGAAAUGACAAUAAUCCAGAAUUGCCGUGGAGCUGUAUACCGGUUCAAAGGCGGCUUGAUGAAGUAUGAGCAUUGGCCCUUAGAGAGUUGGGUGGUUAAUCGGGGUUGUUUUGUUGAUCCUGAUUGUGUUCACUGGGUUUGGUUGACAAGUGGCUGAUAGCAAUGUCA